UAAACACCGUUUGUCGCGCAUCGUAACAGUUUUUGGUGGAAGGUGCUGGGUACUUCAAGUAACGACGGACCCGGAGCCAUUUAUUCUUCGCCGGAGUCGUCGCCUCGCCGGACUACCUCCUGCGCCUGUUAACAUGACCAACGAAGGAGACGCUCGGGGACCGAUACCUGUCGCUCCGGGAUCAAUGCCUGCUGGUACGUGGCGCUACUACCGAGAACCUCGGGUUUUCGCCGGGAGAGCAGGUGAAGAUGUAGAAGAAUGGCUCAGACAUUACCAACGGGUAAGCAAGUCCAACGGCUGGAACACCACCGACCAACUAACCAACGUUAUCUUCGCUCUCAGUGACACUGCUCUGAUGUGGUUUGAGAACCACGAAGAAUUAUUAACAACGUGGGAACGUUUCGUUCAUGACCUAAAGGAAUGCUUUGGCGACUCGGACGCAAAAAAGAAACGCGCAGAGCAUACCCUGGCACAGAGAGCACAGCUACCAGGGGAGACUUGCACUGCCUACAUCGAAGAGAUCUUGAAAUUGUGCAAGCAAGCCAACGCAAGAAUGUCCGAGGAAGACAAGGUCGGGCACCUGCUCAAGGGCAUAGCAGAGGAUGUCUACAAUUUCCUGAUCGGCAAGGACAGUCUUGCUUCAGUGUCUGAUGUCAUGAAGCACUGCCGUACGUUCGAGGCGCUGAAGAUGCGCCGAAUAACGCCAAAGUUUGGCCGAUUGGCCAAUGUUACCACUGUGGCCAGCAUCGAUAUGAGCUCUUCAUUUGACUUGGCGUCGACCAUACGACAGAUCGUCCGCGAAGAGCUAGACAGGCACACCGAGACGACACGUCGCCUGCCUGAUGUCUCUGAUGCCUCCUUUUCGCAAGCCCCGGCGACUUCACCACCUUUGAAUGGAUGGCAACCGUCUGUCAGCGUCGCGAAUGUGUCAGAGUACCGACACGCACCGGCAUCGAGUCUGAUUCAAGACAUCUCGAGUAUUCGAAGCUCUAUAGCUGUAGAUGGCCUCGGAGGUCACUGUGUCAGUGAUUAUCUCAACCCCCUUCCUGCCGUCAUGCAAAUGUCUAUGAUGCCGUGA